CUGAUUGCGCAGAUGGAAUCAACAGUGAUGGAGUAACUUGGCCUUUACCUGAGAUGCAAGAGGGCCGAUCGGAACCCGAGCUGGAGAUAACAUAUUCAAGAACAUGCACUGUAGAUGGAGUAACUUGGCUUCUACCUGAGAUGCAAGAGGACCGAUCGGAACCCGAGCUGGGGAUAACAUUUUCAAGAACAAGCACUGAAAAUGAAAAUAUUAUUGGUUUCUUUCAAGGGUAUGUUUUCUUCUCACUGCCACACAAACCUAAGACUGAAAUAUACAGCAAUUGGAGCUAUGUCUUCACAUCAUCAAGCGAACCAUCUGCCGUAACUAUUAAGGUCGUUCUCUAUGGACGCAAAUAGAGAGGGCAAGCAUUUCAG